AUGAUCACUAUCUCCGCGACCGACCCGGGCACCAUCCUCUCCCCUUUUGCUCGGGACAGACCGCAGACUGCGAGGCCCACCAUUGUGCCGUGCCAUAUGGACACCGCCGGGCCAGACACUACCAAGAACGAGUCGAAUCAAUGUCCACACGAUAUCGUCGACACCGUCUACGAAGGCGAAGGCUCUUCGUUCGUCAUCACGGCUGCACCGCCCCGUCAUGAUCGGUCUUGGGGAACGGGGCCCGCGAACAGACCUCCCAGGCUACUCGCGGCCGCAGCCAAGAAUCUUGCCUCUAGACUCGGAUCUAUACCCGUCUCUUCUAGACUCAACAACCGUCUCUCCCAAACUACAGGCGUAUAUGCGACAGCUACGCGGUUUACUUUCAGAGCACGGCAAUGCUUGGCACACGGCACCUGUCCAGCCCCACGAUACAAGUUCCAUGAGCGCAAGUAUUCGCUGCUCACCAUGGGUCGUUCACGUCUCCACCGUCAGACACGUCUCGACAACAGUUUCCAUCACAUAGAUGACAUGGCAUUUAGUGCAACUGUGGCUUUGCACUGCUAUCGAAACACUGCCCGAUCUGCGACGGCCACUAUCACAGACCAUGCGUUCGCCUCUACAAGUAUUCAAACUUUACGCCGUCCAUGUCGACCCGAACCAUACCAAGGACUUGCUGCACCCGUCUGGGGAACAAAUCGCCCAAAGAUCGCCAUAUUGAAAUCCUUAGCACAUUGCCAGUCCAAGUUCUGGGAAGCGGUCUGCCCUACACAGCGCGCGCAAUGCGGCCCGGCAGCCCAUUGCAAGCAGUUUUCUAUUCUUCCCCUAGGCCAUUUUCACGGAUCAUCGUCGAACGUGUUCUACUUCUUAUCUCCACCCACCUACUUGUCGCAUAUCCAAUCUUCACCUGGCAAUCACGGUUGCGCCGAGCUGGUAUUCAUUUUCCACGAGCUUCAGAGGCCCGCCAUUCUUUCACGCAUCGAAGCCGGUGCCCCUUCAGCAUCGGCGCCAGCCACACGCAUUCGACUGGCCGUUUCACACUCUUUUUCAUUUCAGAAUAGACUAACGGCGCCGCAAACUGCAAACUUCUUUGGGGUCUCGAGUCUGACUAGAGACUUACAUUCUUCGAGCAAAACACCUCAUACGUUCGGCCCGGCCCUAAUUGAGACCAGAUCAACUCUCUGCGUUGCCCAGUAUUCCGAUGUUGAUAGGCCCUACUGCCAGUCAUCGUUGUCCCUCCCGUCUGGAAGGGAGCACCCCUUCUUUGCCUUGGAUCUCCCUUGUUGGAGUGUUCGAGGGACCCAGGUCUGCCAGUGGGUGUAUCCACAUCUCAUCCAGGCCUCCGCCAAUUCAGGCUCUGGAAUUCUGCUUCCGCAGAGAUCGUCUUCCGCCCAUCCCAAGUCUAUCACCCAGGGGGGCUGGACAGCUCCUGCGGCGCACCUAUCACGCCAUUUUUCGUCUGCCGCGAUGCUCUGGGAUAACCUCUACGGCAGACAUCUUCUCAAGCUCAUACGGAGAGACCACACAAGUCCGUCGCAAUGGACUUGCGGCCCCAAGCAUCUAAUAGAGGUACCGACAGGCCGAAAUGAAGAAUCACCAAGUGAUCAGUGGGAUCCACGGGGCAAGACUUGCAGCUACGCUCAGGUCGCUCAUGAGAUAUACAACACUCUGUCCUGGACCCCGGAUGGAGAGAACACUGAGAGAAUUUAUGAGCUCGCAAAAGAUGCAGAUGUCGCGAUACAGGGCCUGACGAUAGAGAUACUCGCACCACGUGCCAUCGCUGGGUCCAUGUGGGGAUGCUUUAAGAGAAUUGGGGUAUCAGACGAGAGCAUUCCAUGUCUCUCGUCGAGUAAAGACAACUCAGAGCGUUGCUUUCUCGGUUUCGGCGGAAAUCUCUUUGUUCCUUUGCCGCGUAUUCUCGAGGCUGUGACCGAAUUACCGGUUGUUACACGGAGUAUUGAGCCGUGGUUUCCAGCGCGGGCCACCUAG